AUGCUCAUUGAGGUUCUCUCUCAAAAACAAGCUCACCAGAUUAUGAAAAUGACAAACAUUGCAUCCUUUCCAGUGACCGUCAGUGCACAUUCGACUUUAAACUUUUCCAAAGGAGUAAUAUCUUGCGGAGAACUUUUUCAUACUCCAGUUGCUGAAAUAACUAAGGAUUUGGGAAGUCAAGGGGUUACUUAUGUCCGUCGUAUAACAAUACGAAAAGAUGGAUGCCUUGAAACCAAGCAUUUGAUACUAACAUUUCAUUCGUCUAAAAUACCUGAAUACAUUAAAGCUGGUUACAUGAAAUUGGCAGUCCGGCCUUAUAUCCCCAAUCCCUUGCGAUGUUUCAAGUGCCAGCGUUUUGGUCACUCCAAAGCUUCUUGCCGCGGAUCUCUAACUUGCGCCAGCUGUGCAGAAAUAGGUCAUGAAAACUCUGACUGUACCGCAUCGGAAAAAUGCUUCAAUUGCAAAGGUUCGCACAUGUCCUUUUCUCGCUCCUGUCCAUCGUGGAUAUUGGAAAAGGAAGUGAUUGCUGAAAAGGUGAAGAAAGGCAUUUCAUAUCCAGAAGCAAAGCGAAUGGUGAAAGCUCGUAGACCUGUUGAUGGACCCAGCUAUUCUAAUGCUGCCAAGAAAACGCUGGAAACAAGAGGCACUCAGAUAAUGCCUAUAAUCAUGCAUGUUGAUAAUAAUGAAUUUGAACCAUCUUAUGCACCCUCGGAAAUUUGUCCCAGAUCUGAAUCAUUUAUAAGACUUUUCACCCUGUAUUCCCAUGGAAGACACUUCUCAAGAUAUCCCACAGUGUAA